AUUCUGCCAGCCUCUUUUGAUAGCAAUGCAUUAUGGUCAGCAAAGUACGGCACGUUGCUAGGCAACGGUAAACUACACGCUGAACGGAGAGUACAGCUCAUUUUAAGCUGAAGUACAUCUUGACAACAACAUCAACGAAGUUAACAAGUCGAGAACUGUACGAAGAAGCCUGUCGUAGUUUCAGAGCUUUCAUCACUCCCAAAACAGCCAUCAUGGAGAUUGUGUAUGUUUACACAAAGAAGCGCAGUGAGUUUGGCCGACAGUGCAACUUCUCAGAUCGGCCUGCUGAGCUGCAUGUGGACAUUAUCCCUGAUCCUAUCCAAGCUAUGAACUUUAUAGAGAGAAAUCCCUGUGAUAUAACCAUCCAGUGUUCAAGAGACAUGUCAGAGCAUGAGAUUAACACAGAACGAUUUCAGACUGAAACCCGUGGCAUCAACCAUGUAGAAGGAGGAUGGCCCAAAGAUAUCAACCCUCAAGAAAUGGAACAAACAAUUCGCUACAGGAAAAAGGUUGAAAAAGAUGAAAAUUACAUGAGCACCAUGUUGCAAUUAGGCAGUUUAAUGGAACACUGCAUUAAACAGAAUAAUGCCAUUAAUAUUUAUGAAGAGUAUUUUGAGGAAGAUGACACAGUAGAAGGAACUGAAGAACCCCCUUCAGCCAAAACCAUUAACAUCUUCAGGGAUCCAAAUACAAUCAAGAGAACAAUAACGCAUCUUUCUUGGCAUCCUGAUGGAAGUAGGAAACUGGCAGCUGCUUAUUCAUGCCUGGAAUUCCAGCGUGCCGCAAAAGACAUGAGUUUUGACUCUUAUAUAUGGGACAUUGAGAAUCCUAACAAACCAGAACUGACUUUGAAACCUGCCUCUCCCCUUGUUAGUUUGGAGUACAACCCCAAGGAUUCCCAUAUACUUGUUGGAGGCUGCUACAAUGGACAGAUUGUGUAUUGGGAUACUCGUAAAGGGAGUCAGCCUGUGGAGUUAUCAGUUGUAGAACAUAGUCACAGAGACCCAGUAUAUAAAGUCAUCUGGCUGCAGUCCAAAACUGGUACAGACUGCUUUUCUGCAUCUACAGAUGGGCAGGUGCUGUGGUGGGAUAUUCGGAAACUGAGUGAACCCACUGAGAGGUUAAUCCUGGAUCCAACCAAGAAAGGUAGCUUAGACAAUGCACUAGGAGCCAUUUCUCUGGAAUUUGAAUCAACCAUGCCAACUAAAUUCAUGGUGGGCACAGAACAAGGGUCAGUGGUUUCAUGUAACAGAAAAGCCAAAACACCUGCAGAGAAGAUUGUCUGUACAUAUAGUGGGCACCAUGGCCCCAUCUAUGCUCUGCAGCGAAACCCCUUCUUCCCAAAAAAUUUCUUGACAGUGGGAGACUGGACAGCAAGGAUAUGGUCUGAAGAUAUCAAGGAAUCUUCCAUUAUGUGGACCAAGUAUCAUAUGUCUUAUCUCACUGAUGGAUGUUGGAGCCCUAUGCGACCCGCAGUCUACUUUACAACUAAAAUGGAUGGAACACUUGAUGCCUGGGAUCUUCUUUUUAAACAGAACGAUCCAUCACUCAGUCUAAAGGUGUGUGAUGAAGCACUUUACAGUCUGUCUGUACAAGACAAUGGACGGUUCAUUGCAUGUGGCUCCCAUCUAGGUACAGCCACAUUGUUAGAAAUAUCUCCAGGACUCUAUACACAGCAAAGAAAUGAAAAAGCCUUAACCACUUCAGUAAGUAUAAAGAAAUAUGUUGUUAUACUGAUCGGCACAAGUGGCAAAACUGUUAAGUGUUCUAUAGGUAGUUAG